AUGCAGCUUCCUGUUACAUCGUUAAUACCAAUACAGAGUCAACCACAGCCUGGAUGGGGAGUUUGGCCAGAUGUUUGCAACGAUGAACGGGUGUUAUACAUGGAGCAGCUUAUUGGACAUCAGAUUUUUCAUAAGCAUAUGUGGCAUGGAGGAGACACAUCUCAGCCCCUCUUCUCUAUCUCACCACUUGUUGUCCCUCCUGUCAUCCCCAAGAAGUGCCUCAAGGCCAAACCAACUUCAUGCAAAGCGACUCAACCAAGUCACUCUGCAAGGAAGGUUUCCAAAUCCCGUAACCAGAGACGAAUCAGCAACUAUUUUCCUCGAGCUGUUUCAGCCAGGGAUGACAAAGUAAUGGAAUUGCUUUCUGAAGUAUUAGGCAUAGUCUCCAGCCUUCAGAAAGAGUCAAAGCAGACGUCAAAGCAGCAGGUCCGUAGGAAGAAGCAUUCUACCACCAAGACCUCUGCCUUCCACACUCUCAUUGGCCGUACAAAGAAAGGACAACAAUCCCAUAGAGGAAUUCAGACUGAAGCCGAAGCCCAAGACCAAACUUCUGACAAGGGGUGUCAAACCGAUUUUCUAGAUGCAACAUCUCCUAAGAAGACGGACCAGCUUAUCAAGUCCCCUGUUGUCAGCCAAUAUCGUGUACAUUUCUACGGCUCAACAUCCACAACUUCACCUACCAAUGAUAUAGCCCCUGUAACCUCUCAUAUCGGUCCUCAACAUCCCGCACACUCACCUGUCCACACAUCCCCAUCACACAUUCCCUCUUCCAUCCACAAAGAUUCACCUAUCCACCCAAAUCCCACUUCUCCCCCUAACACAAACCACCACCUUUCUCCCGUCCACAACACACCUUUACAUACACCCAUCCACCCAAGUCCCACUUCUCCCCCUAACAUGCGCACACGUUCUGUGAUAUACGACUCUAGCGCUCACCCUAACAGUCCACCAACCCACCACAUUCUGUCCCAUGGUUUAGAGAUAUUUGACCCCAUCAGCCCUGAUCCUCCUUCUAUUGGACAGCCAAAAUACGACACUUCAACAAACCAAGCCUCGCAAUGUCAACUCCCUUUCACCCCUGACACGUCUCCCAACAAAAGCGAAGGUAGUCUUUCUGGUUUCAUAGGUCAUGCGCGAACACUCAACGCAUUCUCAGCAACCGCUACAUCCAAAGCUUUAGUAACCAACAUCCAGGUCAACACACAUUUUACUGACAGCGACAUCGUCGAACUUAGUGAAGGAUCUCCCGACAGACCGCGUUCAAGACAUGUUCCGUCACGGGAGGAGAACCAACUUGCUCAUGAACUUAACCGCGUGAACACUAUUCCAGCAGUUGACCUUAUCACCCCACUACCUCAAAUCCAAUGGGAUAUUUUCCAAAGAAUAAUUGCCAACAAGAAGGAUGUGUUUCACAUAACACCUUCACAUUUUGAGUUUACCAACAACUUCCUCCUCCAACUAGCCCAACCUAAGCACUGGACAUCAGCUUAUGUACGCUUAUCCUUCACCACCACCCAAUUACUUGUUCUGGUGUCGGACCCCUCCUAA